AUGCUGCAUUGUGGAACUAUAAACUCCUCAGAAUUCCCAAAGUAUCUUUGUGCUUACGCCGAACCCGGAGUUUUACUUUGCAAACUUCAUAAUAAUCAGCAUUUCAAUCUAUGUUCAAGAAGCCCAUAUGAAAUUAACUUCAAAUUAUCAAAAAAUAUUUCAGCAUUAUCUAAUACAAUCAGAAAUGGAAAGAUUUACCAAAUAUUAAACUAA